AUGUACGAUGUGAAAGAAGCUGGUGAAAGAGCAAAGGCAUUCCGACCGCAAGAACAAGACUACAAAUCGAAGUUGUCGAUGGCUGAUGCGCGUUCCACGAAUGCUGACGAUUACAAGGCAUGGAAUGCGCAGAAACCUGUGAUCGCCAAGCCUCCUACAAACUACCAAGUAACUUUGCAGUUAUUGAUUUCAAUCCAACGCAAGGAUUUACAACCAAAUCGACCAGCCAAGAGGAAUUCAUUUCAAAGGAAUUCGAAAGAUCGAAAUCAGUCAGACCUCCACCAACCAGAGUUGGGCUACGAUCCGGGCAGUUCAACGCUUCCAGCACUCACAAAUCUGAUUUUACAGAAAAAA